AUGGAGAAUGAACAAGAAUAUUUCUAUCAAGGGGCAGUAUCUUGUUUACCAAAAGUUUUACCAUCUAAAAAAAAAUUAGAGAGUUUAAAUAAUGCCACUACAACCACUACAACUACACCAUCUAUUAAAUCUAAUACAACAACUCCACCGAUAACUCCAAAUAAUAAUAAUAAUAACGCCACCACUACCACUUCAACAACUACAGCAACAACAUCUACAACAACAACAACAACAACUACAACACCUACCAAACCAACUAAAGAAAUUAUUGAUUCAUCAUCAGCAAACAAUACACCAAAAUUAACAUCAACACAUAUAUUAAAUAGUAAGAAUAUUAACAAUUCAAUAGAUUUAACCGCAUCACUACCAACCGACACAACACCACCACCACCACAAACUAAAGACUCAUUAUUAUCAAUGUUAACAAAAUCGUCAUCAAUUUCAUUGGAUAGUAAUAAUAAUAAUAAUAAUAAUAAUAAUAAUAAUAAUAAUAAUAAUAAUAAUAAUAAUAAUAAUAAUAAUAAUAAUAAUAAUAAUAAUAAUAAUAAUAAUAAUAAUAAUAAUAAUAAUAAUAAUAAUAAUAAUAAUAAUAAUAAUAAUAAUAAUAAUAAUAAUAAUAAUAAUAAUAAUAAUAGUUUUAAUAAAGAAAAUAGUGAAAUAAUUAAAGAUGAAAUAUCAAUUAAAUUAAAUACAGUUAAAGAGAAUGAAGAAUUAAAGAAAUUUUUAGAGAAAAGAGUACAGAAUUCAUUUAAAGAUUUUAAACCACGUACACAUCAAUGGGAUACAAUUGUAUCGGUAUUAAAGGAUUUAAUAUCACCACAACAUAUGAAAUCAUUCAAGAGUGAAAACCGAUACAAUUAUUUGAUUCAACAUGCUGCAGGUUCUGGUAAAUCUUUGACCAUUGCUUGUUUAGUCUACUUUUUAUAUAAACUAGAGAUAAAUAAUAAACAUAAAUUUGAUACCAUUGUCAUUAUGAACGAUAGAAGUCAAUUGGAUGCUCAGUUGGGUGAUGUAGUCAUUAAAUUCUUAACAAGUAAUGGUAUUACCAAUUUUUGUAGACCAAAAUCAUCAAAACAAUUACAAAAUGAAAUUUUAAGUGGUAAAAAUAGGGUUGUAAUUACAACUAUGCAAAAGUUUUCACAAUUAUUACCAAAUAAGAGUGGUGGUGGUGGUGACGAUCAUGAUAAUGACGAUGACGAUGAUGAUGGUCAUCAUGAUGGUUAUGCUAACUCUAAAGGUAAAAAGAAAAAGAAAAAUAAUGAAGAUGAUAACCAAUUCUCAUUUAAAUCAAAUUCAGUUGCAAUCAUUUCAGAUGAAGCUCAUAGAUCACAUGGUAAAUCUACAACAGAGAAAUUACAUGAAUUUCUUAGUGGUAAUACAAGACAAAGUAGUAAGAUUACAUAUUUUAGUUUUACAUGUACACCAACAACUCAAUGUUUGGAAAUGUUUGGUAUAGCUUCAAAAGGUGAUAAAAUUCCUUUCUAUACUUACUCUAUGCAUAAUGCUUUAGAAGAUAAAUUGAUUUUAGAUGUAAUUAAACAAUUUUCAACUUUAAGAUUAAAUGAAGUUAAUGUAGAUUCAUUUCAACAAUAUCAACAAAAUUUAUUACAAUUUCAUCAACAACAACAACAACAACAACAACAACGACCACAACAAUAUAAUGAAGAAGCUUAUGGUUAUAGUAAUAGUGUUUAUGGUGGUAAUAAUGGUUAUAAAAAUAAUAAUAAUAAUAAUAAUUGUUUUUUAAAUGGUAUUGAUUUUGAUGAUGAUCAAUAUGAAGAUGAAACUAUUCAAGAUCAAAUGUUAAUAAAAACUAAAGCACAAUUUAUAAUUAAUCAUUUAUUGUAUACAAAGAAUAAACAUGAUAAUAAAUUAUUUAAGAGUAGAGCAAUGUUGGUUUGUUCAGGCAGAAAGGGAUUACUUAUUUAUAAGAAAUAUUUAGAUCAAUUGAUUUCACAAUUACCAAUCGAGGAACAAUUUGAUUCAAUCGCAGCAUUUUCACCAUUCAUCCAAGAGGGUAAAAGUAUGGUUGAAUCGGAUCCAAUGAUCAAUGGUAAAUAUGCUCCCUAUGGUACUGAUAAGAAUAGAGGCAUCAUUAAGGCAUUGAAUGACGAUAAACAAUUCAACAUUAGAUUAUUGAUUGUCGCCGAUAAAUUACAAACUGGUUUCGAUGAACCUUCCCUAUCGAUAAUGUAUGUCGACAAGAAAUUAAAAGGUGCAAACGCUGUACAAACCCUUUCACGUUUAUCUCGUAUCUCCAAAGAUAAAGAAGCAACAGCCAUCAUUGAUUUUGUCAAUACUGAAAAAGAUAUGGAUUUCAUUUUCAAUCUAUAUAAACAUUCAACUAGUUUAAGAGAUUUACAAGAUACUCAAACUUUAAUUUCAAGUUUAAUAAUGGCUGGUAGAUCCAUUCAAAAAGUUUUUGAAAAAGAAAAAAGAGCAGGUUUAAUAACUCCAUUUUGUAAGGCAAUUUUAUUUCAUGAACAACAACAACAACAACAACAACAACAACAACAACAACAACAACAACAACAACAACAACAACAACAACAACAACAACAACAACAACAACAACAACAACAACAACAACAACAACAACAACAACAACAACAACAACAACAACAACAACAACAACAACAAAAUAGUAAUGAUUCACCACCAUCAUCUUCAGAUUUAACAAAUGAAUAUGUUCAAGUUGAGCAAUAUAUUGAUGAAUUCCUUUAUAUUCAUUCAAAAUUGGUUGCAAGAAAUCAAUUACCAGAUAAUCUUCAAAGUCCAAUCUCUUUUAAAACAGUUCAAACAAUUAAAUCAACAUUGGAUUCUUUAAGAUUGGAAAAGAGUAGAAAUUCAUCUUUACUCACUUCCUCUAAUAAAUUGGUUAAAAUUAAAUUAGAUUAUUUAACAGAUGAAGAAACUAAAUCAACAAUUGAAUAUUCUCAAAGUAAUGUAGACUAUGAUGCAGAUUUCGCUCAAUCAAUGUGGGCUUCAAAUAAAGGAUUUGAUAAAACCAACGGUGGUGGUGGUGAUGAUAAUGAUGCUGAUGAAAGUGAAGGAGAAACAAAAGAGAAAAUCUUAAAAGAAAUGACUGAAAAAUUAAAACAAAUUCAAAAAUUAGGUUCAUCAAAUUCCUCAUCAUUUUCAUCUUCAAAUAGUGUCUAUCAAACAAAUUUCUUUGAUAUACCACCAACAAGUAAAAGUAGUUUCAUUAAUACUACCACAUCACAAAAUCAAACAACAACAAAUGCUCCUGAAAAUUUUAAAAAAGCAAGUAUUUGGUCAAUCGCAAGAGGUGCCAAUCAAUUAAAAAGAGCAAAUCAAACAACUCCAUCUUUUCAACCAAAUUUCUCUCAAAAUAAGAAACCAAAAUCUUGA